AUGGAUAAUAAAAGAAAACUAUUAAAGAUAAUAACAAUUGGUGAUAGAAUGGUUGGCAAAUUAUCGAUUAUUAAGAAUUAUAUGGGUAGACCUUUUUUUCAAUGGGGUAACUCAAUUCCAUUUGAUUUUCACUUUAAAGAGAUAAUCAUUGAUAAUGAAACAGUAUCAUUACAAUUAUGGAAUACACAUGGUAGUGCAUAUGAAGAUAGUAAAAUAUAUUAUAGAGAUGUAGAUUGUUGUGUAGUCUGUUUUAAUAUUCAUAAUGAACAAUCAUUUAAUAAUCUUAUUUAUUGGAUAAAAGAAUUAGAAGCAAAUACAUUAGUUGACGAGAAAGUUCCAUUUGUUUUAAUAGGUACAAAAAGUGAUAUUGAAAGAACUGAAAAAUCAAUUUCAAAAGAAAGAAUCGAACAAUGGUGUAAACAAAUUGAAGAUCAAGGUAUUGUAAAAGAAAAAAUUCAUUAUUUUGAAACUUCUGCAAAAUUAUCAACAAACAUUAUUGAAGCUUAUGAAACUAUAGUAAAAAUAGCAUUAAAUCAAUAUAAAAAUAAACAGAAAAAUUCAAUAAAUAUUUCAAUUGAACCUGAAAAACCAAAAGGAAUUUUUCAAAUUAUGAUUUUCAUGGGUGUUGUUUUCUAUUUUUAA